GUUUUGACAAUUGAGUAGCGCCACCCGUGUCAAUUUGUGUUCAUAAUUCUUAGAUUGCUUUUGAUAAUUACGUAAAUUUAUUGGUUAUUUUCGUGGUUUCUAAAACGCUUCUGAAAAUAUAUUUUGUAAAUAUUUUUAGUGAAUUCCUCAUGAUGAUGCAGAGGAGUUCUAAGACAUAAGAUUUUUUAUUCCCGCCACCCGUCUUGUCGCCGGGUUGUUGGCUGCAGGGGUUCGGAUAAGGGUAUAAGUGAAGCGUUUUCGUGUGGGUGUGGAUCUCUCUCCGUAAAAUACCCCUCUGGAAAUAUGUGUGAAACUGCGCGAGGUAUAGAGGAACUUCAAUUAGAAGAGCGUUUAUUCAAGAAUGUAAAGUUUUACGUCAGCGGAAGGGUGAAAGAUGAGGUGCUGAGUUUGCUGCAAGAGCACGGUGGCGAGCGUAUGAACUAUUUCUCCGAUUUUGUGACACAUUGUGUUGUUGGUGACGAUGCUUCCGAAAAUGACAUUUGUGAUGCCAAAGAGUUGUACGAAGUGCCUGCCGUGUCACAAAACUGGGUGACAUUGUCAGUGAAGUGCAAGAAAACUCGGGGAUUCCCUCCCCCUGAUUCCCAGCUCUUUGGGGGAAUUUUUGCUAGUGUUGCCAGGGUGAGCCGUUCAGACCGCAUUGCACUUUGGGCUCUUUUGAGCUUUCAUGGAGGCCACAGCCAGCCUGCUCUUAGUGCCCAGUGCACCCACCUCAUCACCACACAUCCGUCGGGAGAACGAUAUACAAAGGCUUUACAAAGAGGCCUGAUCAUUGUGACUCCUGACUGGGUGGUAGACAGUGUGCGCCGGGGCACACGUUGUGAAGAAGCAACAUACCACCCACGUUUGCUCGUUUUUCCACCACCUGUGCUACCUCCUGCUUUGGGCCCAGCACAGGCUAACACAGUUGCUUCGGAUAUGGGCAGCUAUGACAGCCUAUCCAGAUCACAGAUUCUGGGUUUCUCUGAUGGUUCGCCAGCCUCUGCAGCAGCAACAGGUCUUGGAGGGCCUGUGGGCACCUCAGGUGCCAGUAAGGCUUCUCUGCUAGAGCAAUUAAAACAACGUAUGCCUUGGAAUCAACAGCAGCCACCACCACCAUCUCAACCACAGCCCCUACCUCCUCAGCCUCAAACUCAACCUCAAGGACCAGUGUCAAUGCCUCCUAAAUGUCCUGUUGCUGUGAGUAGCGAGCAAGUGGGUGCUUCUGGAGGAUUACUAUCCACAUUAACUGUGGGCUCUAUGGGGCAAUCACCCAACACUACUAUACACCAGUUGACGCCCUCACAACAACAACAGCAACAACAAAUGGUCCAGCAGCUACGUACGCUGGGGCCACAUUUGAUACAACAAAGGCAGCUGCAACAACAACAACAACAACAACAACAACAACAACAACAACAACAGCAACAACAGCAACAGCAGCAGCAGCAGCAGCAGCAGCAGCAACCACCCCAAUCUCAGCAACAACAUGCAGGAUUAAUUCUUGGUAUUCAGCAGCAACAACAGCAAGCACCAGGACAACAACUGCAACAACAUUUGCAACAGCAACAACUUCAACAGCAGCAGCAGCAGCAGCAGCAGCAACUUCAACAACAGCACUUGCAACAACAGCAACUUCAACAGCAACAACUUCAGCAAAUGCAGCAGUCCCAAGCUUCAUCUCAGCAGCUCCAACAGCAUCCGACUCCACCUCAACGCAUAGUGCUGCAACAAACAGCUGGAGGCCAGCAAUGGAGGCCACCAGGCGGUCCAGGGUUAGUACCUGGGCAGCAAUUAGGGCAAGGACAGCUACAAGGGCAACCCCAUCUGCAGAUGCCACCUGGGACACAAGGCACUCAACUUUCCCAAGGUCAACCUCCUUUGCAGGUUCACAAACAACAAUUUAUUCUCCGGGAAGGUCCUCCAGGACAACCACCACAGCAGUUUGCUGUCACCGUGCAGCAGCGAGAAGUGGUAUGGCAACAGCAACAGCAGCAGCAGCAACAACAACAACAACAGCAACAACAACAGCAGCAACAACAACAGCAGCAGCAGCAACAACAGCAGCAACAACAGCAACAACAGCAGCAGCAGUUCCACUUACAGCGACAGCAACUUCAGCAACAACAGCAGCAGUUGCAACAACGCCAAAUUACAUGGAGUCAGCAACCACAACCUCAGGGCCCACCAAGGCAGCUGAUACAUCUGGACCCUGCAACACAUGCACAGCUGCAGCAAAUGGAUCCCCAACAACGUGCCCUCUUUAUUCAGAAGAUCCAGAAACAGCGACUGCUACUCCAGCGUCAGCUUCAGCAGCAAGCGGGCGUGGGGCCGGGCCCCGGGCCGGCCGGCCCGCCGCCGCAGCCCGCACAGCAGCCCCCGCAGCUGGUGAUCCGCGGGCAGCUGCCGCCCGGCAUGACGCCGCAACAGUGGCUUCAGCAGCGCCAACAACAGCAGCAGCAGCAGCCUAACGAGAAUUACAUUAGAUGUAGACUUGUAGAUGUUUAUUACAUAACUGCAAAAUUGAUUCAUCAGGAAUCUGUUGGAUCUAAUAUUGGGCAGUUUUCUUCUAACAUGUUAAUUGCGCAGGCUGCCGGUGGCGCUUGGAGCGGCGGGCCGGGGCCGGGGCCGGGGCCUGGGCCUGGGCCUGCGCAGCCCACGGCUGAGCGCCAGCAGCAGUUGCAACAGCAGCUGCAGAUGCAGGAGGCGGCGAAGCAGCAGCAACAGCAGGCGGUGGCCGCGGCGGCGGCGGCGGCUGCGGCGCAGGCGCAGCAGCGACUGGUACCCCCGGGGGCCGCGGCGGGCGGCGCGGCGCAG